UUGUAUUCAAUUUUUGACAAUCCAGUGUUUACUCCUUUGCGAAGAAGAAGUGGAAGAAAUUGGGAAAGUAAAUUGCGGAAGCAUUACUUUCGCAUCUUCAGCCUCAACUAUUUGAAAGAGGACUUGAUAAUGCCUGUUUUGAACGAUGCAGCAGAAACUGCGAUAAAAGAAGCACUGAAAACAACUACACUCGAGAAAACUACAAAACUUUCUAGUGAUGGUGUGAAUAAAGGAAAAGCAUAUUUGACAGAUAAAGGUGUUGUUUACAUUAAGCAAAAUAUAACACCACAGGCAAGGGAGAUAUUUGAUUGUGAAUAUGAAAGUCUAGAAGCUAUUGCAGGAACAAACAUAAUACAUGUCCCAAAGCCUCUUGCAAUUGUGGACAAUCCCUUGGGUGGAGCUUUGUUUGUUUCAGAGUAUAUUGAUAUGAAAACACUGAACCAAUUCUCUCAAGAACUUGGGCAGCAAUUGGCAAGAUUACACCUGCAUAAUGCUGUUCUGGGCAAACAAAAAAUCAAAGGAUUUGUAGGGAACGAGGAAAAUGUCCAAUUUGUAAAAGAAUUUGGUUUCCAUGUUAAAACACGAUUUGGGAACACACUUUUGGAAAAUGAAUGGUGCAGUGACUGGCCUACCUUUUUCGUGAGACACAGACUCAGUUAUCAAUUUAGAUUGCUUGAGGAGAAUUAUGCAGAUACUGAGGCACGAGAACUGUGGUCACAGCUACUUGGGAAACUACCACAGUUUUUUGAAGGCGCAGAUAUAAAACCAUCGUUACUGCAUGGGAACUUACAAAGAGACAAUAUUGCGGAAACUAACUCUCAUCCAGUCACUUUUCAUCCAGCAUCUUUUUUUGGUCAUCAAGAUUUUGAUCUGGUUACUUCACAAAUGUAUGGUGGUCUUGGACAGGCAUUCUAUAAUGCGUAUUAUGACAUAAUACCUAGGGCCCCGGGUUCAAGGAAAAGGAAUCAGAUCUAUAAAUUAUUUCAUCUCCUAAAUAAGUGGAACCAGUCUGGAGAAGAACACAAGAAGAAAGCUAUAUCUUUAAUGAAGUUUUUGUUGAAAGGACCAUAAGAAUUCACUACUACUACAUAAAAAAUUACAGUUGAAAGUAAACACCAUUUUACUAAAUUAAUUAUUUGCACACUGUAUUUAUCUGAAUCAAAAUGUAGCAUUCAGUUUUAGCUUUCAGAAAUUGUUCUGCUUCAACGUAAAGUAUCCGCGAAAGGCAAAGGUCCCGAGUUCGAGUCUCGGUUGGGCACACAGUUUUAAUCUGCCAGGAAGUUUCAUAUCAGCGCACACUCCACUGCAGAGUGAAAAUCUCAUUCUGGAUUUUUGAGAUUCCUGAUUACCUGAACAUAAACAUGUUUUUGAAAUUUUAAAAUAGUUCGCGGAGCUGUGUAGUGGGUGAGAUAACAGAAGAAAUAAUAUAUUUUUGGAUUGUACAUUUUAUAAAUUUUAUGUUAAGUGAACUGGAUGUUAUUUAUUUGUUGUAUACUUGGAUUGCAUGCAUAGGCAAUAACAAAGAUUCAUCAAGCAAAUUGCGCCAUAUUCCUGACUAUGAACACAAGUAGCAUUCCAAUUUGGAAACAUAGUAACAAAUUAAAUAACAUUGUAACUAAUAAUUAUGCUUUAAAAAUGAUUUGUAUGC